CCCGCGGACAAGGAAAUCGCCUUCCUGUUCCUGUACUGGUGACAGCAAAAAAAAAAAAAAAAACAACUGGAGGAGAAGCGGCGCCGGAAGUACCGGGAGGAAGGGGAGCCCAGGGCGGCGGAGACGGCACGACGAGGAGCGUACACGGAUCAUGGAGUCUCUGUAAUUAGCGGAGGAGCUCAGGGCUCAGACGGGAGACGCCGAUCUGAGGCCACGUUGCUCCAGAAACAAGGUGUGAAUGAGCGAGGAGGGCUCCCCCGCUGCUCUCGCUGACACGGUCCUGCGCUUCCUGUGCCAUGAUGACAUAGACUCAGUGAAGGAACUAUGUGCCGACUGGUUCCCCAUCGAGUACCCGGAUUCCUGGUACAGAGACAUCACAUCAAACAAGAAAUUCUUCUCCCUGGCAGCCACCUGCAAUGGGCAAAUAGUGGGCAUGAUUGUAGCGGAAAUAAAGAGCAGGACCAAAGUGCACAAAGAGGAUGGGGACAUCUUGGCGUCCUGCUUCUCCAGCGACACACAAGUGGCGUACAUACUGAGUCUGGGCGUGGUGAAGGAUUUCAGGAAACAGGGAAUUGGUUCCCUGCUGCUGGAAAGCUUGAAGAGCCACAUCUCCAGCACAGCCCAAGACCUGUGCAAAGCUCUGUACCUGCAUGUGCUGACCACCAACAGCAACGCCAUCCGCUUUUACGAGAACCGACACUUCCAUCAGCAUCACUAUCUGCCGUACUACUACUCCAUCCGUGGGGUGCUGCAAGAUGCCUACACAUACGUGCUAUACCUCAACGGAGGGCACCCACCCUGGACUGUGAUUGACUAUCUGCAGCACCUGGGUUCUGCUCUGGCCGGUCUCAGCCCGUGCUCGCUCCCGCAGAGGAUCUACCGCCAGGCUCACACUCUGCUGCGUAGUUUACUCCCCUGGUCUGGCAUCUCGGCCAAGAGUGGCAUUGAAUACAGUCGCACCAUGUGACAACAGAUUUAAGCCGCCACCUGGCUGCACCUCUCCGUGACUGCACUCUGGCUUCUCGAGGAGCGACACCAUCAUAGGAUACAGGGUCCGUUGCAUCUUCUGCUCCCUCGGCAGGCCGCAAUCUAUCCUGCACACAACUUUUAUUCGCAGGAACUUCUAAUGGGAUCUCUUUACCGUAACUGUUAGUUCUGGCUGGCUGCUAUAACCCUCAUCGUUUCCUAACAGACUUUAAAAGGAGAUCCCGUUCUCUCCGGCGACGCAGGAAGCAGCCUACAUUCUGCCCUCUUUUUUUGUAGCCUGGAGCUGCAUGUUUCGUUUUUUUUUAUUUGUAAUUUUUUUUUUUUAUAUACAAUUUUUUUUUCUUCUUUAUAAAUCAGUUGACUUUGGUGUCCACGCGGUUGCAGAGUUUCACCUAUAUGGCAAGUGACGGGUGGAGGAGAGAACUAUGCAGCGGCCUCUGCUAUGUAGAGGACAGAAUCACCUUGCCCCUUGAUGUCUUCCUUUUGCGUCGUGUGUGUGGCAGCAGGAUUGUACGGUCUGAGAAGCAGUCCCGAUGCGACGUAUGUACAUUGGGUUCCUAUUAACAUGACAUCCAGAAAGAACAAAAGGCGGAGACGGGUCAUAUGAAUGACCUUGGAGUCGGAUGCCAAGAUGUUUUUUUUGUUUUUUUUACCCUAUUGGUAAGAGUGGGAGCCAUUUUUAGUGCUUCUCCAACUGUAGUGCAGCCUCACUGUACCCAUAUCUUUCUUAUCUUUACAAAAAUUUAAUUAAGACGGAGAAAGCUAUGGUUUGAUAGCUGCCAUGCUUCCUUGCCCUUUCUCCGGCCCAGUUUAUUUGCAUGCAGGGCAUAGACCUAAGGCUGUGUUCACAUGGCAGAUUUUAACGGUCAAAAUCCGCUGCAUAUUCCGCAACCAAAACCAUCUCGGUUUUACAAUUUCAGUGCUGUGGACCUGAUUAUGGUUUAAAAACUGAAUGGCGCUAAACUGCGAGCAGACUGCUGCAGUGGUUUCCCAUAUCCAUUCUUGGCAUGGUCUGGAAAGCCACCCGUAAUGCGCAACCACAUGAACGGCGCUGUGGACUCCCGUUGAAAACAGUGGGGCGUGGUUUAACGCCAGAUGGCACUCUGUGGAAUAUCGGCCAUGUUUAAUAUAGCCUAAAACAGACUAGUUGUUAAGGACAUGCUGCAUGACAGCUGGUGCUGUUAGGCACCAUGUCCAUAGCAACCAGACAUGACAGAACUGUUCAUUUUAAAGCAGGACUGUCAUCGUCUAAAAGCAGAACGGCACCCGUCAGAUAUUCAUCUUGUCUCAGCCCAGAUUUUUCCAUGAAGAAGCGCUGUAAUCUAGCCUUGCCUCUUACGUAAUCCAUCAGGGUACAUUUUAUACUAUUACAGUUAAUUGCCGCAUGUAAUGAGCGACUCUUUCAGCUCCUCCAAUUUUUUCUUUAUUUUUUUAGAAUUGAAUUUGCACUUUUUCACAUACACGUAUUUGCUCAUAGAAGUACAUAUACUAAGUGUAGGAUCUAUACCGUGUCACAAUCAAGUUACAUGCAAUUACUGGUAUUAUUAUCUCACCAGCGGCUUCCUAGGAGGGUGGCCUUUGGGGCCCUUAAAGAAAGAGGGGGCCCAGCCCUGAUUGGUCCCAUGGCCUUUGUAAUUGGAUGGUGAAAAACGUAUGCAGGACGCGACUCUCCAGCGCAGGGGGGGGGUACAAAAAACAGGCACAGUAGGAGGCCCAUUUUGAUAUUUGCUUAGGGGCCCUCUCGGCUAUGUAUGCCCACUUCUCUCCAGCCUGUGUUUCGGCUUUUAUCUAUUUUUCAGAGAAGCUUUGCAGGUGCCGUCUGGGUAGAUCAUUGGCAGGUUUUAACCCCUUCCAUUCUGUCAUUUUUUUAAUCUUUUAAAACAAAUAUUUAGACGGCGGACGAUGGAAAGGGUAUACGCACGACGGUGAGAUUUGUCAGACGUACAUUUGCCGGGUAGGUAGCCAUGAUGAUGCGUGUACUGUACUGAGCAAUCUGCAGAUUUCUCUGUCUCGUGGGUUAUGCCAGAAACUGACUUAUAGCAAAUCUCAGACUGGCAUAAAGAGGGUAGGCGUGACUCUGGCACUGGUGAUAAGACUGUGGUCACAUACCGUACGCACACAGGUAUUUUUUUUUUUUUUUUGGGCCAAAACUGGGACCAGAUCCAAACAAUCAAGCCUUCCUUUAUACCUUUCUUCCCUGUUGGAUGUGAACCAGAUUUUACUAAAGAGGACAUCUUGUUAUGGCUAUGUGACUACAGCCUUAAGCUGGCCAUAUACUUUAGAUAGCUUUUGGUUGAAUACUCAUGUGAUUGACAGCUGAUCCUGCCCCCAUACACUUGUACGCUCGGCUGAGCAUGCAUGUGCUCUCAAAGUUGAGCGGUGAAUAAGCUGCUGUCGGCCUCCCCUGGUGACAACUUAUCUUCCUUUAGAACAAAAGGAUUGGACUUGUUGAAAUACAACAUGGCUGACCUUUCUUUCCCCUUCCCCUUGUGCAGAGGUGGUUGUCCAUUCCCAACACAAUUGGCGGGUUCAGCCAACAUUCAUCUGAUGUGUACCCCGAAGAUGGUGUUGGUGGAGAGAAGGUUUACUCUUGUUAAAUUUGAACCCUCUAUCCCAGGCAUCAUCAAACUGCGGCCCUCCAGCUGUUGUAACACUACAACUCCCACAAUGCCCUGCUGUAGGCUGAUACCUGUAGGCUGUUCGGGCAUGCUGGGAGUUGUAGUUUUGCAACAGCUGGAGGGCCGCAGUUUGAGGAUGCCUGCAUUAGAUGGUCGGCCAGAUCCCGACGAAAUCGGCGAGUUCCUCUGAUGGAAAUGUAAUGUUUAUGACCAGCUUAUGAUGUAGGCCCCCUUCCUGACAUUAACAGCACAUAGAGGACAUUUUUUUUAUUUAUUUUUUUAAGUAGUCCAUGCCUUGACCUAUCCAUAUGUUCUGCAUUGCCUAGAUCCUGAAUACGCUGGGUGCGGACUAUGCCCCUCUGCCCCUCUUCUCCAUUAUAUGAUUGUGUGUGUAGUAUAUUUAUUGCACACUUCCACAUACACAUUAUACGUGGCUCAUACCAGUCGUCAUUAUGUAGAUGGUAUAUAUUCACACACUUCCUCCACCUAGUCGUCCAUGAACAUGUGUAUGUCUUGUAUGUUAGAUUAGACCGCGUGCGUGCGAACCAGCGUGCGUGCACAAUCUUUCCGUUCUUUUUCUUGGGUUUAGCGCCAUCACCGGAGCGGUCGUCGUGGUGAAACCUUUUUGGAUGUUUUCUAUUUAUGACAAAUGUGUUGUAAGAUAAUAAAAUCCCCUAGAACCGAA